GUGUUUUUUAUUCCAUUAUCAUUUCGUUUUUUUUUUUUUUUUUUUUUUUGUAUCGCGCGCGCGCGUCGGCGGCUUCGUUCUCCAAUCAUUCGCGAUUGAAAGGUCCGCGCGGACCGCUGCACGUACCCAACGCCCGGUAUCCGCGGUUAAACACCACGACACCGACUGUGCACCGACACGGACGUAUACCCACUAAUCGUCAUCAUGGACGUCAGACUGGUCGCCAUUGUUUUUUGCCACAGUAAGUAUGGAUUACAAUACGUUUAUAAUAGAAUAUGCGUACGUGUAUGCAUGUGUAUAUACAUAUAUAUCGCGCGCGUAUGUGUUCGUAGAAUAUUAUCGUCGCGAAGAGUGAAUAGAUAAUAAUAUCGGGCGUAUAGAUUUUUUUUUUUUUUGGCGGAAAUAAUAAAAAGAAAAAAAAAACACGUCCCAGUCCGGGACAGCGAUUGUUGUCGUCGUUGGUCGCAGGAGGACGGGGGGGAAUGAAAAAAAAAAAACCCGAGUGAAAAAUAGCAUAACAUAAUGCAGGCGUGCGCCUACAGCCGGGUUCACGAAAAGAAAGUACUUAGUGAAAUUCGUUCGGCGCACGCCUAUAAUAAUAAUAACAUCACACCGUAUAAUAAAUUAUCGCGUUUUUACUCUCGUUCGGGUUCGUUCUUUUUUUUCGCCGCUUUUUCUUUCGGGUUGGGUUCGGUUUUUUUCCCCCCUCUCUUAUAUGCGUAGGUAAUGCGCGCGUACGCGUCGUUCGGAACCGCGAGCUAUCGAUUAAUAUCUGUUGUUUUUUUUUUUUUUUUCGUUUUGUUGUUUCGUUUCGUUUUCUUCGCCGUCUCCGUCCAUCGCGCCCGCUUGCGUUUCCCACGCGUCUCGCGUUUUUUCGAAAUUCGCGGAUUUCCCGAUUUUCCGGACCCGGGCACCCGCCGGCGACAACGCGUUCGCGGCCGUUUCACGGGAAUCCGGCGCGAAGAAAACGCGGCCACCGGACGAGUUCGUUCGCGCAUCCGGGAGUCCGGGAAACCCGCUGACCAUCGACCGUAUCAACACGGACCUACGCCCCCACGUUUUCGGCUACGGAACGUCGCGCGUACCCGUGCCAUUUGGACCGGCGAACGAAACGGAAAAUAUCGUAAUACCGAGCGGAAGAAAAUUAUCCUAAAAAACGCGCACUACUUUGUCGGGGCUUCGGCUUUUCCCCCCGGGGAACCAGAGAUGAUCGUGCAUUACACGGUUCUAUACGCAUGCGAUAUUCGACGUUACUCCGUUUCUCUGUGCGUUGUUGUAUAACAGCCCCGCCACGGGACGCGCGCAAAGUACCCGUCUCUCUCUCUCUCUCUCUCUCUCUCUCUCUCCGACAAUACGCGAUUUCCUGCAUAAUGUCGUUAUUUUAUGUGCGCGGCGUGUGUGCGAAAAAAAAAAAUAAUAAUAAAUAAAAAACCGCAUUCGCCGCUCAAAAGUUGUACAGUCGAACACGCGAAUUCGUGACUGGUACCCGGCAGGCGACCGGGGAGGGGGGAGGGGGGCAGGUUUGUAGUUUUCGACCUUGAUACCUUUCGACUCGCGACCCGAGAGCCGGCAAGAAACCUUCGCGAAAUAAAACAACUUUUAUUAUUAUUAUACUUUUUCUCGGGUUUUUUUUUUUUUUUUAUAUAUAUAUAUAAUUAUUUUUUACACGAUGCAUAUAAUAUACAAAUUAUACAGUGUGUGUGUGUGUGUGUGUGUGUGCGUGCGUGUUUAUUUGCAUUUUACGUUUGCGCGCGUAUUGAAAUCGGGGGGGGAAACCGAAUACAAACGGGUACGCGUAUAAUACCGUAUAGCGCACUGCACAAUCCGCGGUGGCGGUUCCCGAACCGGCGGUGGGCGGGUGCCGAGUAUACCGUCAAAGGCGGGCAAUAAUGCGUCGUGUACCGCGCGUCCGUCUUCGGACGGCUAGACCUAGAGGAUCCCGAAAUCCGCGCCCGACGGAAUUCCGCGUAGGCGUACCUUAGUGUCGCCGUUUCGCAUCCGCAUGCCGGGACGCGACGCGCACAAAGAAAACGCGGUUCGUACAGACUCCGGGGUAACACCCCGACGUUAUGCCCCGAGUUUCGUGUACUGUCGGUCGCGGGAGAAAUUAACGUUUCUGUUUGUUUUUUUUUUUUUUUUUUACGAGGUUAGGCCGGACCCGAAUAACGCAGAGUUCGGAAACCGCUGUUCGUCUGUUUGUGGUGGAAGGGAGGGGGGAGGGGUAACGGGGAGAGGAGAGGUCGGAUAUACCUAUGUUACGCGAUAAUAUUAUGCGCCGCCGCCGUCGUCGCGGCACAGUCGAGACAGUCCGCCGUGUCCGAGCAAUUUAUUUUUACUCUCUCGCGGGUUGUGCCUGUGCCCGUCGUCGACGGUCGGUGUACCGAAAGAGGGUGUGGUGUUGAAAUACACAUAGCAUACUGUUUGUUAUCGUAACGACCACGACGACCACGACCACGUCCGUAGAACUACGUGCGUGUGUGUGUUUUCAAUGAUAAAAUAAUCGGCGCAAAAAAAAAACAAAAUAAUAAUAAUAAUAAUAAUAACAGAUCGGCGUGCGUCUUUUUGAGGAGGCCAUUAAACUUUUUUCUCUCUGGUUUUUUUUUUUUUUUGUCGCCUUGCAAUACUAAUACCACACCACAAUAGUGUAUUGGACCGGGUCCAAUACGGCCGUAGUAUUAUACACACACACACACACACACACACACACGCACAUGCACACACGCACACGCACACACGCACGCACACACAGACACGCGCGCUGACAACGCCGCGAUGGAAUUUUUAGGAGAACGCUGUGAAUUCCUAGUGGUCUGCGACGGCGAUUAAAAAUACGCCGCUUUAACGCUAAACCCCGCGGCGUUUUAGUAACGCGACCGUCAGUUUUUUUAGUAAUAAAAUCAGUAUUAGUAGUGUUAUAGUUGUUAUAGCAGCAGUGUACAGGCAGUGUGCCCGGGAAUUUUCGGCCGCGGGAGGGGACCGUUUAGUGAAAUAAUACAGAAUCGUACAAUAUCGUUUUUUAUACACACCUCCUGACCCGGAAUACAACGGGAAUUCGAAAACAACCGAUUCGUAAAAACUCUUGAAAAAAAAAAAUAUCCCUCUUAAAUCCUAGAAAUCAAUAGCCAAUCGCGAGUGACAGUUUGAAUUUUUUAAAGGGUAGUGUGGUUAAUUUUAUUAUACGCACAAAAUAUUAUAACAAGACCGUUUCAAUGAUGAAUAUUUUGGGUAUUCGCGAUUAUUGUUUGUUCAUAAAUGUAUGGUCGAUUUUAAUCGCCAAAUCGAAUUGGUGCCGUCAGUGACGUGGCUAUCAUAGGGCAAAGUGGGGCAGUGGCUCCGGGGCCUCAGAGCUCGGGGGGCCUCGAAUAAUUCUGAAAUUACUUUCUUAAAAAAUUGCAAAUUUUGAUGUGUUAUUAAUAGUGAAUGUUUUAUAUCAUUCGUGAUAAUUCCAGUCACAAUCAGUAUAUUAUUCAAAUAGAUUAAUAACACACACGAUAAUAUUGCGCAAUGGACGGCGUUCACCGUGCUGACAGUUAUAAUUCGUAUGGUACAACGCAAACCGUAUGGCAAACUGGAUUUCUUUUUCCUUUUUAUUGUCUGUUUAUUAUUUUCGUUUGCGAUUUCUUAGUAUGUAUUUACACUUGAAAUGUCGCUACGAGCGGAGUGUAUUUCGAAUUUUCUUAAAGACCGUACAAGUAUACGUGUAGAGGGUCUGGUUUUUUAAUUGCCCCGAGGCCAUCUUCCGCUCGGCUACGCCGCUGAGUGCCGUGUUUUUUUUUUUUUUCGUUUUUUUGUUUUUCUUUAUUAAACACGCCAACGGCUGUAUACGAUCUCGUCCACUGCCGGCAAUUCGAUUUCGCGGCGAAUGUUCGAGCUCGAUAGCGGCCAAUGUGGCGAUGCCGGAGUCCGGAAACGGUAUUAUUGUCGGUUUCGCUCGGUGCGUUACCAAACCCGACCGUCGGGUCUGCGGGAACACUGAAAAUGUCCGGAGUCCGCGCCGGGGUUCCGACGAUUCCGAUCGCUCACGCGCGAAGACCUACGGGGCCCGGGUACGAUUUUAAACACAGCGAGUCGUUUAUUGCGCGCGUGAAAUCGGACAUUUCGAUGGGUGACGACCGGAGGGUACGCCGCGGACUGUUCAACGGUGUCCGGCGUCGCGAACAACGCAACAACGCGCGACACCCGCACUGCUCCAACCACCCCCCCUCCCCCCGAGCACGGAAGAGGGGAAGUGUCGUCGGUCACUGCCGAACCCUCGGACACGCCGCCCCUAAAUGACACGACCCGCUCGCGGAGAACAACAAUCGCGAAACAAUCGUGAUGACGAUAAUAUUAAUGGCCGAAAACGAGCAGAGAAACGAAAUGGCACGACGCGUGUAUCGGGUAGUUUUCCGUUUUCCUUUUUUUUUUUUUUUUCCUCUCGUUUAUUUCGGCCGAGGUCGACGACGACGGUGACGGCGUGUGCGAUGCUAAUUAAAAUCGAAAAAACUUUAGUAACGAACAAAUAAAAAAAAAAACGCUCGCUUUUCUCCCCGUAAAACGCGCCCCGUGACCCGUCAUAUUUACGCGCGCGUGUUUUUUUUUUUUCUUUUCAACCUCUCGCUGCCGCCGUCGUCGCCGUUGUUCUCGCGUUUCCCGACGGCGUGCCGGAAAAGGUCUCGUCUGUCGUUUCCCACGCGCACCCGCCGGAGCUCCGACGCACAAUACGAAACCCGGAUGGAUAUAAAACAUUGUACAACGGCCGCGCGCAUGACGGCCAAACGGCGUACGGACGUCUAAAAGCUUUUCGGCAACCCAAUACGCCCGCGGCCUUUCCCGGUCCCGCGGCAACACAUUGUACGCGCGGAAGACUUUCUACGCCGGGACGGGUGAAGGGGAGGAAGACAAGGGGUUCGUUUUCGUCCUCCGACCCGCUGCAUUUUUGGCGCGCCCGUUCCCGACCCACCGCCGCCGGUUUAUAAUUGAAAUUCCGUCUCGACCGGCCCGGCGGCGGCACGGGCCGUCACCUGCACCGCGGGCGUUAAAACGCGCACGGAAAUACGCCUGUCCAAGUACGGGCGGUCGAAACGGUUUUAUUUUCCCGUCCUAACAUAAUAUUUAUCAACGGCGCACGGGUCUGAGCGACACACGAUUCGUGCGGUUUUCCAGGAGAGUCGGACGCCGGAUUUUUUUUUUUUUAUUAGGUUUGCAAUAACUUCUUUUCGGUCGGAAUAGCGGAUUCGUUGAUUCGCUUUUGUUUUGUCGUUCAGACCGCAUAGGAUUGAGAAGAGAAAAAGUGAAAAGUGUCGCGUUUUAACCCCAGAUUUAAAAUUCAAACCGUUCGUUAGAUAAUCGCUGUUUUCACGCACGCGCAAUCGCCGAAACGCGUGUUUCCCCGUUCGAUAGUCAAGCCGUGUCACUUAGACCCUUUUGCCGUAACCACCGUCGGCAUAAUGUUACGGUAUUGUUACGCCCGCGGUAGCCGCGUAACACCCGGGGGGCCGGGGUCGGGCGACGGGAAAACUACCCGUUCGACCGCCGCUGUCGGGCGACACUGUCGGGCGACAUGACGGGCUACGACUCAUUCGCGCACGACAGAAACGCUUGAUUCGAAGAAAUUUAACCACGUGCAUAAAGUAUACCUACCCCGUUAAAUAUGCGCGCAUUUAUGCGCUCAAAACGGGCGAAACGUGAAUUUUUUAGAACACGCGCCGAAAAAUAAUAAAUAAAUAUGUGCAGAAAAAAAUGUAAAAUUAAAUAAUGCGAUUUAACGACAAUAGAUUAGAAACUAUAUAACAAUAAAGAUUAAAAGCUUGUGUUCCGUAUACGACUCACGUAUACAUGGCGAGCGCGAUAAUCGCGAUUAUAACGCAUUGUUAUUCGUUGUGACGCCGCCGCGGGGAAAUCGCGAUUGACAAUAAUCGCUGUACUCCGUUAGACACCCUGUACGCCCGAAACUGCACCCGCAAGCGGUCUUGCCGUUGUUCGCGACAAACGGGCUGUCGUAAAUUUGAAAAAUUACAUUAACACGCGCGCAGUCGGGCCUCCGCCGCAUUGCGACGUUACGUUUUUUGUUUUUUUUUUUUUUUAUUAUUUUCCGUUUUCAACGCUCGGGGCCUAACGCCGAUCGGCCACACAUAAUUAUCGUCAUGCUUGUCGGCCGGUAUAAUGCAAACGGAUUUCGUUAUUCUGCAGUCGCUCUGUUGAGCGGCCAAUCCAACAGCGGCGGCAGGAGACGGCCGGCCACCACCACGACGAUCGCGCCCCGGCGGCCAUCACCGGUGGUCGAGUACGACUACGAGGACGCGGCCGCGGCCGGCGCCGAGCCGCAGCUGAAGAGCGAGUGCCCGGAACCGAACGGAUUCUACGCGGACCCCGACCAGUGCGACAAGUACUACGAGUGUUCGGAUAACAAGAUCACCGAGAAACUGUGUCCGGACGGCAAGGUGUUCAACGACUACAGUCCGUCGCAGGAGAAGUGCGACUUGCCGCUGAACAUCGACUGUUCCAGCAGGCCCGCGCUACGUGAGUACCUAUAUUAUAACAAUAAUAUUAUUAAAAACCUGUAGAGUUAUAGACACUGCGUCGUUGUACGUUGGUAUGUCAUUGUUACACAGUUUUCUUAGGGCGAUUAAUGUCGCGUAUUUCUGUACAUUUUCAAUCAGACAGCAGGUAUUUCACAAACGGUUUCAGCGUGGGCAACACACAAGAGCCUGUUGGCUUUGUGUUUUUUGUUUUUCAUUCGUAACUCGUUCGUGGGGGCAGCACGCAGACGAUAUUAUCUUAUGGUAGCUUAUAUUUUUCUGUAUCCAGGGAUAACAAAACCUCAAAAUCGAAAAUGUCGCACAUAGAAGGUGCAACGAUAUAUUGUAUAGGCGUAUUCCCGUAGGGCGUGCUACACAAUACACGACCUCCCCAUCGUAUAAUCUCCACUCUCGUUUGAUAUACCGCCCGACGAGCCGCGAAGACUGCUAGUUAUCGAUAAACGGCCGGGGGCCGUAAAUGUUACGAGUCGCAGCACGUCUUGGAGAAGGUCUUGAAAGGUACUCAUUUCAGUAGUCGGCUUACACUUGAGUUCAAAACAAAAAGAACCCAAAUGGUCGAUAAAACGGCGUUACUAGGUCGUCCUGCUAGACUACGGUGGAAGGAAAUUAGCGUUUUCAAAACGUUUAAGUAGAUUUUAUUUAAAUUUUUGCAAAAUCGCCUUUUCGCCCAAGCGCAGUUACUGGUUCUUGAUCGGAGUGCAAUUCGAACAUUUUAAUUCAGGCGGAAAACGCAACGCGACUUUACUAUAUUUGAGUGCAGGGACCAGCAGACGCCCCGUCUUGCCGCCACCUCCCCAUCCGGGCGCCCAUACGUACACAAUGUCUUACUAUAAUAAUACUCUCGGAUCGCCAAGGGACCGGGAUACAUUGGGACGCGGGGGUGGAAAAAAUACGAACUUAAAUUACACCCAAUACUCAAAACGAAAACCCGAUCUACCCGUACGCAGCCGAACCAAAUCGGGUUUCGUUCCGAGGAACUCCUAGCGUCCCGAGCAGGUUGACUUAUAAUCGAUGAAAAAUCACGACGCGUACGGAGGAAAGGGAAAAAUGGAAAAACCGUACGAUACUUUGUAUAAUACUUUGAUCGGUCUCUGUUCUGUCGUAUCUCCGGGAUGUGUGUCUCGUAUGUUACAGUCAAUCCCAUCUGUGUACUUUACACAUUUUACGCAGUCAUACUGCGGAUUUCAGCGAAUCUGACAGUAACGACCGUAAGCGAUUUGAUAAAAAGAUAAAAAGACGGAUAAAAAGAGUUACGGUUUUCAGAAAAUUGAUAACGGGCCAGUCACAACGCGUCAAUGUUGCCAAUCCAUACGAAACAAUAUAUAUUUUUUUUUUUUAAAUUGUUGUGCACGGUUCGUUCAUAACUGCCAACCGACCCCUUCCGACGUACCAUAACACCGUAUUUUGGUUUUUUCGUAUUUUUCCAUAACCCGUAAUUUCGCGAUAACCGUCGAGUAACUAAUAGCUAAUACCAACACGGCUCUCAAAUGCCGACCGAAUGUACUUCCGCCCACAAUGCAUUGUCAAUUUUCCCGGCUACUCCUCGCCCGACGUGGUUUGGCACAAGGCCGGUCAUCGUGAACACAUAAUUCGAAACGAUAUUUUUUUCUGCGCCAACACGGUGUAAGUACACUCUUGAUUCGGCGUUAUUUUCUGAACGUUGAUGUUCGCGCGGACCGAUACGGCCACGGCUCAUUAUCGUUUUUUUUUCUUUCUGAAAACCGUACACCGCCCGAUAAAAACGCGUCCGGACAUAUAGUCCGUCCGGCCCCGGCGUUUCCUGCAAUAGGCGUCCGCGAAAAAUUCCCCGCACGCGGCCAAUCAAAGGGCUCCGCGGCUCGUCUCUCGAGUACGGACAACGUUGACGGGCCCGCGAGGUGGACGGCCGCAGGGGACGGGCGGCAGAACGACUGUAACGUUAUCGUUAUUAUUGUCGCGCCGCCCGUGGGUGAGGGGGAGGCGGAGGGAAUUUCACGUGGGCGGCGACGUCCCCCGGUCGCGCGUACGUCGCGCCCGACGAUCGAUCGAGCGCCGUGACGUCACCGUGUCUCGUCGUCAUGAAGCUGCGCGACCCGCACGAAAACCGUACGACGACGGGCGCGCGUACAAUACAAUCGCUCGUAUUUUAUUAUUAAUGCUAUACGGAGAUCGGCGGCGGCUGUCGCGACGUUGCCAAAAAAAAAGAAAAUAAUAAGAAGACAAGUUAAAAUCCGCGUGUGCACGCGACCGUCUUAUUUUGGCCGUACCUUUUUGAGCCGGCCGACCCGGUGUAAUUAUAGCGCGCGCGCCCGUUAAUAAUUCGAGAGACGGCGUCGCGGCGCGUCCGUUUUCGCGAUUCGCCCGGAACGCGCGCGCGCGCGCGCGCUCUCGGUCGGACUUCCCGAGACGCCGCGGACAUCGUCACUCACGCCCGACGGUGGACGCGGUUUUCCGGACGUCCCGACGCCGUCGCCGGUGCCCCGUCCCGAGGACAUCCCGAAGACUACGAACGAAUCGACCGAAAUAUGCCGAAGACAAAUACACACCUUCGGCGAUACACGUCCGGAUUUAAAACGAUAACAAUAAUAGUACGAGUCGCGCACAGGCCCCUGAAAGUUAUUUGAAGCUCGUGAAACUCCGAUUAAAAAAUGCACGCAAAUAAUGAAAUGUCUAACCGACUGUUUAAUUGAAAACGCAAUAUUUUCACUUGUCAUUCAAAUUGAAUGGCGACAUAUAAAACGUGCGUAUUUCGCGAACAUUUGAUUCCGCCCAUAAUAUGGUUUUUGUCGACCCCGGGGACGUGGUCCCCUAUUCUCUCCUCUCAAUCCGGACCGGGUGUUCGGGACAUACAGCUGCAUACGCCGCAUACCCCCGGCGCAAGCGUAGGACGCUAUACAGGAAAGUUCUUUAUGUAUCUGUACGACAACCAUUAACUGUUACCAACGGAAAACGAUUCUGAGUAGAGUUCGCGGUUAUACGUGGUGUUAUAUCUAUACGGUCGAUUCAAUUAUUGUUCGUCCCGCGGAUAUAACAGAUUCGGAUAGUUCGUUUUCCAUUAAUCCGGUGUUCGAUAAGAGAGACGUUCACUGCUUGAAUCCGCGGGACGGUUUCAAAAAAUAUGUUUCGAUGUGAUAUUAUAGCCGUAAUGUAUAGUAACAAUCCGUUCGAUAUUUUUUCCAUCCCGGUAAUAUCGUCCGCGUGGUUUUCUAACUUACAUCCGGCACGGAUUUUCGCCUCUUUUCGCGUUCCGGUCGACUUCUUACCGCGAUCCGUUUAGCGAAACAAAAAAAAUUCCCAUCGCGGGUAAAUCGACAUUGGAAAAACGUGCGGAAACGUUCGAAUAUCGUACGACUCGUACGCGAGGCAGAACAUUUACAGUGGAAGGGGGCGACAAAAGGGAGACGCGUGCCUUUUGAAAAACAUCAAGACCCGCGACGAUGAACGGUUAUUAUUGGUCCGCCGUCUCGCCGCACACCUAACGUAAUAACUCUAUCACGCCUCCGUGUUGCAGAUUCGCCGCGGCAUUUUAUAAGCCCGUAACUCGCGUCCGAAAACCCGGCUCCGGGUCGCCCCCUUCCCCCGUUGAAAUCGCCCCCCCCCCCGAGACCGUUCACGAUUCGUCUGUUAUUCCGGGCGUCGAACGCGUAAAACCGUUCGAAACGGCCGCGAAAAGCAUCGGACCAAUGACGUGUGUUAACGGGCGCGUUUCGGGCGAGUGAGCGCAGAGCGUUUGGUCGAUUUUCGGCCCGCGGCCGCGACGCGUCUCGUGCAUAAAAAUCGCAUUAGAAAACCAUUACGCGCGUUCGGGCUGUUUGCGCGCGCGUUUGGGUAUAAAUCGGUAAAACACGCGCGGAGGACAUCGGAGACGGGCACGCCGGGGUACGCCGCGCGUCCGUCGUGGUUACGCGUUCACCCCCCCCCCACCCCCCCUCCGUUACCGUGGUUUACGAUAUUAUUACAGAACUGUUACGCGUCGGAGGUAUGCCGGCGACGGUUUCGAUAAAACGUUAUUGCGGCAUCGUAACACGCACGCACAUCCAGCGGCGCGCCGGAACGAUUUUCGAACCGCGGUUGGGGGUGGGGAGGGGAGGGAGGGACGGGCCGAACGACCGUGUAUAUCGCCUGAUAUUUCAAUGUUAUUUUGAAUUAUAUUGUUACCGAAAAUAACGUUCGUCCGUAACAACCCCGUGCGUACCCGAUAACAAACGGACUGCGCUAUUUAACCGACGAAUAUCGCUGUACAAAUUCAAACAGUUCCAUGUCAAUACAAUGACAGUUCAGGUGCUUUUCCCGCGUCUGCCGCGUCUCGCCCGGGAUACGUAUGAUUUUUAUCUUUUUAGCGCGAUCCGUGAACAAGUCUAAUAACGGAAAUGCGUUAAACAUCAAAGAAAAUAUCAUCUAUGCACACGCGAUUAAACGAAUAGCCUUAAAAAAAAUUACAAGAUUAUAAGAGGCGACAUGAAACCCCAAACACGUAGUAACCCCGUGCCUGUGAGGACUUAUUCCCGUAGGUGCGAUUGCUCUCAUCGUCUCCGUUGGUCCGACGCCCUUGCGCAUAUCAAACAAUCGAUACUUUUAAUUUACUUUCAAUUUACUAUUUAAUACUGUAGUUGCUAGUCUGAAACUAACAAUAUUUAAAAAAUAUAUUUGAAACGUUAAAAAAUAUCCACUUUCACAUGGUUUUGCAUUGGAAAAUAUGUUAUCUGUGUUUGAAACGAUCAACAUAACGUGAAUGUACAUUCUCUAAUACGAAUCGUUUUAGACCGAAAGUAAGACAUCGACCAAAUGAUGAAACGUUCGAUCGCCUGCCUUGUGUUUCCACUAUACAGAAAUAAAAGUUGGUUUUGCAGCGUCGCCAUUUGCAACCUCGCAAUCGUCAGUUCCUCAAAAUUAAAAUUAAAGUCACGUGCGUUUUUUUCGCUCCCCAUGCUCUGGUCCGUUAGAUUUUAACGUUUUAAGAAUGUUGACAACUUCAAGUUGUCCAUCUCUGAUAAUAAAACGCAUACUUGUAAACAAUACGUCCAUUGCAUCACAAAUUAAUUUAAACAGUUAUAAUACAGUGCUUGAAUCCAUUACGCUACACCGAGCAAAUUCGGCCGUGGAAUAUUUUAUUUUAAUUUUUUAAUUUACGAUUUAUUUUAUUUAUAGACAACAUAAAUACGAAAUUCGACGAUGAUAGCUAAAACACAUUUUUUAAAUCUAUAAACUCGUUUUUUUAAAAAACAAAAAAAAACACGGCUUUUCGCCGCGUUACAACACUCUGACGUUCCGAUAGUGCGAUAUAUUAUUUAUUUUUUUACGAUACUAUUACGACAUACACACACACACACACACACACACAGUGCUGACGGUCGUUAUACAACAAUAAUAAUAUGUAAAAUAAUACAUUUCAGAUUUUCGUACAUAAUAUUAUAUUAUGCAUUAGAUUUUAAGUGCCGUAUUCACAAAGCCGUCUAUCCGUCCCCGCCCCAGCUAUCUUGGGAAUAUGAUUUCGCAAGCGGUACGUAUGGACAAAAUAAAAGAAAACAAUAAUUUUUCUCCAGACCGCGUCUUAUUGAAAUCAUUUUUUCGAAUUGACAAACGAGAAAACCACGGAGCGACCGCGUCGUACAGAACGCCGAAACCGUUCGGGAAAAACGGUUCUGUAUUUUCGGAUUUGUCCACCUAACCGCGCAAUGUCUCGUUGCACCGAAGUUCGCCCUAACGGACACGAAUCGGGUUUAUCCGAAAUUCUAAAAAUCAAAACGGGUUUCGGAAACCAUGUACCCGUACACACUCGCCCGCGGAUUCGUCCGAUUACCGCGCACAAGCAUAAAGCGUUAAACGGGGAACCCCCGGCCUUUUAGAAUCACGCCCGUCGAAAAGCGGAUUUUCGAAUGAUACUGAGACGUCCGGUUUGUAUCCGGAUGUCCGUCGAACAAAACGCGGACGUCGUGCGGUCGUCGCAACUCGGGUCCGGCGGUUUUUUUUUUUGAUUUUCGAUCAUUUCGGGAGUGCGUUCUCCGUGUCACCGUGCUGUACCGCGGGCACCGUCGCUAAUCGGCCGCCGCCGAUUGACAAAGAACGUUACACCCGGAGACCCCGGCGCGGGGCCGCCCGCAGAUCAGUCCGUUUUACCGGUAACGCGCUGUUCCGGCGGGGACGUUCGGCGAAACGAUAAACGGUCUGUCUGCGCACCUGGACGGCCGGAUGACGCGGUCGGAUUUCGAAUACGACGGCGACGCAGACGGGCGCGCGAGCGUUACCGCCCGUUCCGGCGGAAACGUUCCGGUCCCGGUGGACGGAGCUGCCGCCGCGCCGCAGUCGUCUCCGGACGGCAUCCGGCCAUCCCGGCGAUACCAUCGGAAAUCCUCGGCACACGGCCGUGAUUCGCGCCGCGGAUUCCCGACGUUCUCGUUAUUCGCGUGACGAAACGCACGACGGUAACGGGACGCGGCGCGUUAGUUUCCGCGAAACGCCACGGGGGGGGCGGGGGGAGGGGGUAGGCGCCGGAUGACGCGGCGCCAUUUCACGCUGUCCAAAAGACGGUAUCGCAUAGGCACCGCGUCGCAAAUGAUCAUAAUACGCGCGAUAAUAAUAACUCCGCAAACGCGUCUACGGCGCCGCCGCGCCUACGUCGCGUCUAAAAAUAUAGUCGGUUUUUAAAUUUAUAUAAGGUAAAAAAAAAAAAAAAAAAAAAAAAAAAAAAAAAAAAACAAUAAAAAAAAAUAAAACCACCAAGUGUAUAAAUACAAACGGCGCGCGCGCAACAAAUAGAAAUAAACCGUUUUUGGCAUACGCCUAUUAAUAAUGAUAAAAUACGGUACACCGCAGUUUAUAAAAUACCAAAAUAUUAUUCAAUGUUUUUAUAAACACUCGGUGCUGGGCGAUGAUGAAAUAUACGAGGGAAAUAAAUAAAAAAAUAUGUAAUAAUAAUAAAAAAAAAAAAACCAUGACGGUUUUUAUAUCCGAUAGUAAAUUAUCGAUUCUUUUCGUUCGCACGCGCGCGUCGUAAAUUAAUUCGUAACUUUUCGUGUUCCGUAAAAAGCAGCGGUGCAGCGGCGCUGGUAGCCGCCAACGUACACACCGCAGCAUGAUAUUCCGUUGAAAUCCCGUCCGCGCUACCUGAUAUACAAAUCGUACUCCGUAUUUAUCAUUUGUUUGCUCCGACCAAACACCGCGUACGCUAUGUACCUAAUAACAUUAAAAAAAAAAAAAAUAAUAAUAAUAAAAAUAGGACGCGCAUAUUUCGCGCGCGGGUGCAGCCACUGUUGUUGGCGGAAAGUUGGGAAGGUGGGAUAUACGGACGGGAAUUUCAUGUAUGUCUAACGAAAGACGGGUUCUGAACAGGGUUCAGUUGAUAGCGUUGCUUUUACGACCAUAUAUAUAUAUAUGUAUUUUGCCAUGUUAUGGUGAAACGGUUACAACAAUGAAACUCAGAAUCCAAAACCGUUUUUCAUUCGAAUUGUAUCAAGUGGACAGUGCGGUCCGUCUGAAUCAAAUCGCUGCGGUUGUGUCUGACGGUAACACUCGUGGGCAUGUAUUUGUAUAAUGCGAAACAACUGUGGUUUUAGUCGAUUAAUAAAAACAAAAAAAAAAAAAAAAACAAAACAAAACAACUGACCGAGACGUCGAUUAUUCUAUCGUCUAUAGUAUUCGACAUGUGCGUAAAGUCAACACAUCAAAACCUCCCGUAAACAACUCGCUAGGAAAUCCACUUGUAUGGCCUCUAUUUUAUAUUUCCUACCAAAUUGUAUCCAGUCGUCGUGACGUUGUAUCCAAGGCUCCGAGCGAACAUCACAGCCGAGACGGGACGGCAUUGGAGUUUACCAUCGCACACCGGGUGGACGCCGCGCGCGCUCUAUUCACAGCGGCGUAUUUAGGCGACACUGAAAUUCGGAAAUUUUUGCAAUAUCUAUAUUUAAUAUUAUGAUUAUUAUAAAUUCAGUAUUGUAUUUAAAAUAUUUAUAAUUUGCAUAUCGCACAACGUCUACUGUACCGGGGUGAACGGGUAAACGGGGUCGACCUACAACUACGUACACGACAUUUCCGUACGUUGUUCGGCAAUCAAUAAUUGUUUUAAUGGGCGGGAAUUUGUUUUUCCCCCCCCCUCCCCUUUUCGGGACGCACUCCCGGGAACGCGUUCCAAACGUCGACGAAUGCGCACGCGAACGCGUUACAUUUUCCAACUGGGGAAUGCGAACGCGUACGACAUUUUAACGAGGGGAUUUUUCAAACGGCGUAGAAAUACUUUACACGGUUUCGUAUAGUAUACGAAUACUAUUAUUAUUGUAUUAAUAACUGUCACGGUCUGUACCGCAGAGACGCCUCAACCGGCCGAACAUUGUCCCAGGCAGAACGGAUAUUUCGCGCACGAAAACCCGAAGAUUUGCGACAAAUUUUAUUUCUGCGUGGACGGUAAAUUCAACGCGAUCACGUGCCCGGGCGGUUUGGUGUACAGCGAGAAAACCGGCAUUUGCACUUGGCCGGACGAGGCGAAGAAAAAAGGAUGCUCGUCGCAAGGUACGGUGUAUGGUGAAAACCACGGUUUGUUUCGUCAGAAAUAUUAUUCGCGUUCGCCCGUUUCUCUGUAUUCAAAUAUUAUUAUGUCACAUUAUAUUAUCGCGGACCGUUAGGCUAUACGUGUUCUCCGUUUCCGGCCUUCGCGUGACGGAUAUAAUAAUAAGUGUGUGUAGUAAAAAAAAAACAAACCCCGACCCCUACCUCCCCCCUCCGCUAUAAUAAACCGCAGGAAAAAUCACACUAUCCGCGUGCGAUAUGUUAAUGUUUGUUCGGCUGCCAAAACGCGGGCCGCCGGAGAUUUUGGACCGGCGUCAAAAACGGUACGCGGCGGUGGUAAAAGCGCUAAACUCCCACCGCCGGCGAUUUAUUUUAUUUUUGCAGCUCGGCUGUUUCCCCCCUCCUCCCCCCUCCCCGCCACGUUCAUAUAAUACGUAUACUUAUAGUUAUUUAUAUAUUUUCGUCCCUAUGCGCAAUAAAAAAAAAAAAAAAAAAAAAAAAUAAUAAUAAUAAUAACAAUAAAAUAAAACCCGUUCGAAAUCGAUUAAAACCCGAAUUAUUGCUAUACAUACACCCGCCGUUUCGCAUUUUUUUCGUAUUGUUUUUACGACCGCGCGGAGGCCGUAAACUAUAAAUAAAUAAAUAUUAAUCGCUCAUAAUCGUACAGCGGGAUUAAUAUUAUUUCGUUUUCAUUUUUCCCGCCCGUAGACGUGUUCAAUUUCCAAUGUCCCAACGUGACUAUGGACAUCGCACUGCAACAUCCCAGGUACGCGAACCCCGAGGACUGUCAGUUUUUCUACGUGUGCGUCAACGGAGACACGCCAAGGCGGAACGGCUGCAAAAUGGGACAGGUGUUCAACGAAGCGUCGGGAAAAUGCGAUUGGCCGAGAAACGUCCCCGAGUGGUACGAAAAAAUACAUUAUUUAUAGAAUAUAAGUUAUUAUAAGUGCCGUGAAACGAUCUCGUCUGCGUUCGUGUGUCAUCGUCGCACGACAUUAUUUAGUUAACUCAUUACCGUCGACCUAUACAGACGUAAACAACUGCCGGGAAAAAAAAUAAUUCUACCUACGGCGGUGCGUCGAUCUAUAUAAAAUCGAAACACAAAAAACAUUACGAUUAUGUGAUAUAAAAAAAAAAAAAAAAAUAAACAAUUCUGCCGAUGAACGUGCCACUGCUUUACGGUGGUUAUUGUACUAUACUAGUCGUUUAAUUUAUAUCCGUACGCAACGACUAUAACCAUUGUUAACAAAAAAAUUAUUCUGAGCAUAUUUUCCAUAUUACCCAAGGUAACCCAGAAAUCAAAAACUAUUGGCCGUUGUUGCUAUUUUCUAAUGCUACGAUCCGCCCGUCUGAUUGGCGGUAGCUUUGUUGAUUAACCAUGGCGACCGAAUGUAUAACGCGCAUCAUAUUGAUCUAUAAAAUAUAAAAUUCACUAUAAUUCGUCUUGUGUGCAAGUAUAUUAAAAAAAACUACAAGGAAAAUCAAAAAAAUAUCUCCUCAAUUCACUAACUUAUUGAUCAUAAAUGCUAAAAGAAAGUUCCUAUAAAGUUUUCGAUUGGAACGCGAUCCCCAGUAAAUAAUUUCAUUUUACAAACACACUAAAACACCUGAUAGUAAAACCCGUGCAUUCCUUGUUUCGCUCAGAAUCUGAAAAAAAAAAAUAAGACAUUAAAUGAUAAUUAUUAAACAAAGUCGUUAUGAUUCCUAUCCGAUUACAUUAAGAAGUACACCAGCUAUCAGUGACUCUACAGACUCGCAGAACUUUCACUUUCACGCCACCACUGAACGAAAAGAGACCGGUUUUCGAUGAGAUGUUAAAUAUCGAUAAAAAUAUUAAUAUUAUGCUUUUGGUCUCAGGAAAGGAGAGUACGAGUCAAUUUUUGUUUUUUUUUUUUUUUUUGUAGUUCUGUCUUAUGCUAUUUCGUUCCCUUUAUUUUUUUGGUCUAAGUACAUUUACUACUAAGUACUGAUAUACUGAAAAUUCACACAUCUUACGCCACUAUAAUUUACUCUUUGUUCGACAAAAAACGCACAAGUCAUAUGAUAUUAUACGAUAGCCAUUUAGAACGAUAAUUUAAGUUAGACCAUUUAACGAUUUAGCAGUAAAAAUGCCGUUAUGUCGUUUAUAAAUAAUCAAAAUUCAAUUCGCUUUUUUUUUUUUUUUUUGAAAACUAUACGAAUUAGCUUAAGCCUUUUUCCCCCCUACACCAAAGAUUUAACGAUACGAAUUUUUGUGUUAUAACUAAUAUGGCUAGUGAUUGUUGUUUGUUUUUUUUCCCCCCAGUGCUGACUGGUAUAAAGGCAUAUUGACCGACGAAGAACUCUACAACCUCGAGAACCCGAAACCGAAGGAACAGACCAAGGAGAGAGAGCAGGCCGCGGCGAACAGACGGAAACCGAUGAGACCGCCGACAACGAAACGGACGUUCGCACGGGACGACGAAUAAUAAUUUAAAUAAUAAUCAUCAUAAUAAUAAUUUAUUAUUAUUGUGCAUAAAGCGGUUGUAAUUCGAUAUUUUGUAAAAAUAACAAUUGUAUCGGGAAAACAGCUGAUCUCAUUCGAGCGUUCGAAUCGAAGUUAAAAUAAACAUAUAAUACAUUGUAUUUUCACGCGGAAUACGUACUAAACAUAAUAUUCUCGUUGUUCUUUAUUUAUUCCAUGUGUAAUGUGUACAUUCGAUAAUACAAAAAUAUAUAAGACAUACAAAUAAUAAAUGUUUCUAAAGCGUUUUAAACGGUGUAUCUACAAAACACAUAAAGUGUAAUAAAGUCUAUGGCCACUGGCCAUUCUAUACAA